UAAAAAGUAUAUUUCUUGGAGGCUGAUCAGUGGGCUUAUUUCAUUUCACCUUUUAAUUCAAACAAAAUGUCUAAAGACGAGAAGGACAAGACGCAAAUCAUCGACAAGGACCUGGACCUGUCCAACGCAGGACGUGGCGUGUGGCUGGUGAAGGUGCCCAAGUACAUUGCCCAGAAGUGGGAGAAAGCUCCCACGAACAUGGACGUUGGCAAACUGCGGAUCAACAAGACUCCCGGCCAGAAGGCCCAGGUGUCGCUUUCCCUCACACCCGCGGUACUGGCCCUGGAUCCCGACGAGAAGAUACCCACAGAGCACGUCCUAGACGUGUCACAGGUCACCAAGCAGACGCUUGGCGUAUUCUCGCACAUGGCUCCUUCCGAUGGAAAGGAGAACUCGACGACUCCGGCAGCGCAGCCAGACAACGAGAAGCUGUACAUGGAGGGCAGGAUUGUCCAGAAGUUGGAGUGCCGGCCCAUCGCCGACACUUGCUACAUGAAGCUCAAGCUGGAGUCCAUCCGGAAGGCAUCGGAGCCACAGCGCCGGGUGCAGCCCAUCGACAAGAUUGUCCAGAACUUCAAGCCCGUCAAGGAUCACGCACACAAUAUCGAAUACCGGGAGCGCAAGAAGGCUGAGGGCAAGAAAGCGCGCGACGACAAGAACGCCGUGAUGGACAUGCUCUUCCACGCGUUCGAGAAGCAUCAGUACUAUAACAUCAAAGAUCUGGUCAAGAUCACCAACCAGCCCAUUAGCUAUCUGAAGGAGAUUCUCAAGGAUGUCUGCGAUUAUAACAUGAAGAAUCCGCACAAGAACAUGUGGGAGCUCAAGAAGGAGUAUCGGCACUACAAGACUGAGGAGAAAAAGGAGGAGGAGCACAAAUCGGGCAGCAGCGAUUCGGAAUAGCAUUAGCACUAGCAGAUUCUUCGACUUACUUUCAUUAAAACAUAUUUAAGUGAUUGCA